CGCCGCCGACGACGACGACGGCCAGCAGCUACUAGCUAGCGAUGGGUGACACGGGUGCGAACAUGGCCCACUGGGCUGGGAUCUACGGCUGCGGCAGCGGCGCGCCGGCGGCGACGGAGGCGACGGUGGUGACGGCCGCGGUGGCGGGGACGGUGUCGAGCCCGACGUCCGGCGGGUCGGGGGGCAGCCCCACCCGCGCGCAGGCGGCGCAGCCGGGGGUGGAGGGCGGGCGGGUCGGGAAGCCCGCGCGGCGGCGGUCCCGCGCGUCCCGCCGCGCCCCCGUCACGCUGCUCAACACGGACACCUCCAACUUCCGCGCCAUGGUGCAGCAGUUCACCGGCAUCCCAUCCGGCCCCUACGGCCCCGCCGCCGGCGGAGGCGGUGGCCCCGUGAUCAGCUUCGGCGGCGGCGCCGGCGCCGGCGGCGACUACGGCGCGGGAUCGCUGGUGCGGCCUUCACCGACGUCCGCCGUGAUGUCGUUCGACCACCACCACCACCUGGCUGCGGCGUCGCAGCAGCAGCACCACCACCACCGGGGGCCGACGUCGCUGCAGGGCCAGCUCUUCAGGCCGCAGCAGCAGUACGCCGCAGCCGGCGGCGGCGACAUCGGCUACGGCAUGCACGGCGGCGGCGGCGGGGGCGGGGACAUGCCGCCGUUCAUCCACGGGUUCGAGUCGUCGGCGGAGGACCGGCUGCUGCUGCAGAGCAUCCAGGCGGCGCAGAUGAUGCCCACCCGCCCGGCUUCCACUAACAACGGCAAUGGCUACAACUUCGGGUGACCGAUCGAUCGAUCCGCCACCCACCAGCUCAACAAAUCAAGGUAAUAAUAACAAGCCAAUGAAGGUUCACUUGAUCAGAUCUCGAGAGAGAAGAAGAAGCCAUUAGCUGAUGUUGUUUGGUUAGACCGAUCAUCGUCGUCGUCGUCGUCGAUCACGAGCUGAUAGAUGAUGUGUUCUUGCUGCUGCUUAAGCAUUAAUUUUUUUUCCCAAGUUUUUGUUGGCCUUUCUGAGUGAUCUCAGGAGGCCAAUUAAGGUUUGAUUAGCACACAUACAGUAAUUAGCACUACUAGUAGUAGCUUGCUGCUUUAUUAGAAGGAGUUAAGCUAGGUAGAUGUGAAAGGAAGUUUGAGAGGAAAGGCAUGUAAAUAGUAAAUAGUUAAAAAGUUUGGUUGGCGCGCGUGCGCUUUCGGUGUGCAGUAGUAGCAGCAGCAGUAGUAGCGCAGUUGAUAGCGAGGAAUCUUUCUAGAGGAGAUGGAUUGAUUGCCUUGGUUCGGAAGCAAAGUCCGAGAGGGCUACUACCUACAUACAUGUACUGAUUUGAUUAUCAAAGCUCCGCCGCUAAUUAAUCGCACGUUGAUCAAAUAAGCGAGGCACAUAUAUACAUAUAUGCCUUUUGAUUCCUUUGCUAA